AAAAAGAAAGCAGAAGAAAACAAUGUAAAAGCAGGACCUAGGUGACUGAAGAUCUGUUUGAUGCUCUUGAUGGGAGAAUGGAAACCUCCAACUGUUGUCUGUGCUGAAGAACAGGGUACACAGAGUUGUGCCUACCAUUAGUUCCACUCAUUCUGGGUCCCCCAGUUGAGUGACUAGUCACAUACAUGCAAGCAGGAGCCAUGUGGCUUUUUCCCUCUGGGGCUCAACAUGUAUACCAUAUUUCAUUAGAUAUGGUGAAAGAAGGAAAAUAAGAAAUUGUGCCCUUACAGCAAGUUUGAAGUGACAGAUAAUCUGAUAGAGAGUUUCAAAAGAUAGUGAAGGUUAUAGGCUAUGGGUAUCAACCACUGGGAAAGAGAAGAAAAUGAUGGGGGUUAUUUAUCACUGGAAUUACAUGUUUAGAUACCUGUGUCUUAGAGAAGAAUAUGCCUCUGGUGUGUAAUUUGAAUUGGAGGGAAUGUACAGCUGGUUGAUAGACCAGAUGAGAAGCUAGUCCUGUUCCAGGACUAUUCUAAAGAUAUUUAACAUUUUUACUGAGUAGUUACUACUAUGUUCCAGGCACUGUGCCAAAUGCUUUAUGUUUGUUCACUCAUUUAUUUCCUAUGAUGCAAGAAUGGUUACCAACUACUGUACCUUAUACAUGAAGAAACUAGGGAAGAGAGUGAUUUAGCAACAUGCCCAAGGGCACAUGGGUAGUACAUAAUGGAGGCGGGAUUUGAAUCUGCAUAACUCCAGAAUCUAGACCCUUAACCAAAGCCCUUAUACUAAAUUAGGUUGAUAAUGUACAAGCAGGUUGAGCAUCCCCACAGGAAAUCAGAAAGUUGGGCCUGGAGCCAAGACAGAGACUAAGUUAGAGGAAAGGGUAUGAGGUCAACUGCCUGGAGGUUAUGGUUGAGAGAGUUAUGGGGAGUCCUCCCCCCUGAUCUUUAAGUGGGCAUGUUUUAUGACCCCAAAGUAGGCAGCCAGAGAGCAGGAGCAGCUGGUUAUGUCAAGCAAGCAAACCCAGACGGGAAGAAGAAUGGGAGGCAGGUUCAAAGGCUCACCUCUGUUGGAGGUUUCAUAUAUUGGGAUUGGCUUUCAUGGAGGCUUGGGGGCUUCAAAUUAGGAAGUGUCUAGGAGAAGAACAAGGAAGUAAAUGAGAGAGAAACACAAAGGAAACUUGAACAAGUAGAAGGUGGAUGCCCUAGGCUCUGUCACAAACACCUGGAUUCCAGCUGGGACUUGGAUUUGCUGGGGACACUAGCCAGAGAGACGGGACCAUGUGGCUGUCCCCAGCUCUGCUCCUUCUCUGCCUCUCAGGCUCUUUGUCCCUGACGGGCCCCAGCUCUGUGACAGGCACCUUGGGUGGCUCUCUGAGUGUGCAGUGUCAGUAUGAGGAAGAGUACCAGAGUUAUAAAAAAUACUGGUGCCGAGGGCAGAAUGAGGGCACAUGUGACAAUAUUGUGGAGACCCAGGGAGAAGCAAAAGAAAAGAAUGGUCGCGUGUCUAUCAGAGACCAUGCUGAUCGCCUUACCUUCAUCGUGACCAUGGAGAACCUCACUGCAGACGAUGCUGGAUCCUACUGGUGUAGAGUUCGGAAAACAUGGUACCUGGGCUUCUGGUCAUCUGGCACUUCAGUCCAGGUUAAGGUGUCUGUUUCCCCAGCACCACGUAAAACCGCAGAGGAGACCACAUGUCAAGCUGCAUCUGACAUCUUUCCGGGGCUGAGUACCAAGCAGAACUUCAGUGCUGAGGAAGUGUUGAUCCACUGCUCGGGGUCCUCGUCCAGCAGUGUCCACUUGCUGCUCCUGGUGUUCCUGAAGCUGCCCCUGUUCUUGACAUUGGUGGGUGCUGUCCUCUGGGUGAACAGGCCUCUGAAAGGCCCUGGAGGAAGUCAGCCUGACAAAGAGAAGCCAUCACAUAGUGCACCGUCCCCAGGAAAGCCCUGUCCAGGAAUACAGCCUUUCAGACCAGAUAGAAGAGACCUUCAGACUCUGGACUCCAGGGCAGGGGGGCAGCAGUGCCUGGAUUCUGGAGGCACCUAAGUCUUCUGGAGAUAUUGUUCCUGUAUCUCAAGGGAGAAUCCUGGGUCUUGGAUGACACUUGUUGCAAGUGCUCAGGUGCAGGAAGGAUGAGUCUCCUGGGCCAGUGUUUGGGGUCCUCCUCUCUCUAUCCCAGAUUCCUUGGCCCCUUGCUCUUAUGCCUACCUCUCAAGGGCAAGAAUUCUCUAGAGGUUACUGGAAAGUCCAGCCCUUUACUCUUUUCAUUGCCACAAAAGCUCCUCAGCUCAGUGUCUCCCAGGGUAAUAACCACCUCCUCCCUGUAGCCAGGAGGCUCCCUGAGGACUUACCCCGCAUAGUCUCAGUCUUCGGGCUCAACAGGGCUUCAACCUCAUUUGUGUCCCUGUGAUCAGGGAAUGUACGCUGUGCUCAAACAUCUCUGCCUGGGCCGGCCAUGACUGAAGAGCUUUCGGUUAAAGCCCUGGAGCUGGUUGGAGCUGCAGUGGGUGCCCCCAAUAUCACUCCCAGAAUUCUCCACCCUUGUGGGCCUCCUGCACACAGGGCUGGUGGACAGUCCACUGUAGCAGAAGUGUGGCUGAAGCCACCUGUCAACAGUUGGUGCUUUCCAUAGGAGAAGCAGACAGUUUUCUAAAGACAAGGCCACAGAGGUGAGGAGUACCUCCCCACA